CUCUCUCUCUUAUCAGUCAUUUACAACAGAGCAGAGCAGCGUCAUGGCAACCUUCGUCUCAGUGAGUCUAUGUUUUCAUUUAUACACUUUUUAUAUGUCUUUAAAUCUGAUUUACUUUUUAAUCCCGUGGUUCAUGAGUUUUUGUUCUUAAUUUGUAACUAAUGCAAAAAAAAUAACUUGGAUUUAUUGUCAGAAAAUGUCCAAAAAUACGAAAAUUUCAUAUGUAUAUGUAUAUCUCUCUUGAAAAGUGUCCUUUCAUAAACACGACUCAAAUGUGUGGUCAGGUGUAAGCUUGCUGUAUUUGGAUGUUAUUUGUGUGUGUUUUUCAUAUCUUUACUGUACCAUAAAUGAGAAAGAAAUGUCAUAUUUUUGUAUGUUAAAUAUUAUUGUAAUCUUGAACGAUUACCAACAAAUGAUGACAGCUGUAAACAUGAACAGAGAGUCUGAUAUCAACUGAGGCUCCUCGAAACCUAAAAUAAUAUUCCGUUUUGUUCCUUUGUAUGUUUGUAAAAUGUUAUUUUGUCCAUUUGGUUAUUAUGAUUUUUAGCUUUUUUAAUAACUCGUUUUUAUCACAUUGGGUGUUCAAAUGUUGGUAACUCAAACCCAAACUAACAUAUUUAAUUAGAAACUUUAAAUACACUUAGAAUGUAAAUGAAGAGUUUAUGUUUCUUUUGCAGACCUGUUGGUCUUAUUAUAAUAUUUAAUUUAAAAACAGAUGAAUAAUGUUGAAGUUACAGAGUUUAAUGAUAUUCCUUCAGUGGAUUCUGGUUAUAUCAGAGGGUUUCUGUGUGCAGUGUUUUGUGCUUCAGGAGGUUAAAAGAGUCUAAUUAAAGCAGAAGUAGGUCUGUAUCCGCUGCAGGGGCCCCUGAGAGCCGCCCCACUGACUGACAGCUCGAUUUAGAUCCAACACCCUCAAACUCUGAACGUCCUCUGCCUCAUCUGUCUGUCAGCGUCUUAGUCUGAUUUUUCACAGUCAAACUAUGAAAGAACAUCUGAAAAUACACAGCACCAUGUUCCUUAGCUCCUCACUGCAGCUUGUUUAGAAAAGAUGAAACAGAAAGAAUUACUGUAUUUAUCAGAGAACUAUUUUCUGCAGCGGAUGAAUACUCUUUUUCCUCCUCUCAUAUUUGGUCACUGGUGUUAGCUGACAUAAUUUAAUCCUUUAUUUGUCUUCUCCUCAGUUGGCGACGUGUCAUCACUGUCCCGUGGUGACGUCCCGUCGUGGUUUGGUCUACAGAGAAUCUUUGUCGGUUCUGUCCAGGAACCUGAGGGUCCCGGGAGGCUUCCAUAGACCCCCCAUCGUCGCCACCAGGUUGCAGGGCAACAGUCUCCAUAACAAACACAGCUGCAGAUUAACCAGGUCAAAAUUUACUUUAUAAUUUAAUCCUCCACUGUAACAACCCUGCAUCUCUCAUAGUGGAAGCUGCUGAAUCAUGAAGUGUGUGUUAGUAAAGAAGAGGCACAGAACGAGCAGAAGUAUGAGAGGCUGAGAAACAAAAACUGUUUAAAAAUAUAAAUUCAAAAUACUAAAUGGAUGUAAAUGAAACUAAACCAGUAGGAUUUCAUUACUUUAAGUGAGCUGUUCAUAUAAAAGAUGGAGAGAGAGGUAUUUCACUGGUUUGGUUUUUCACCCUGAAAUAGUGUUGUGUCAUUCAUGAACGAUUUGUUCAAAAGAACGGAACUGCUGAGUGAACGACGUUAACUGAAUCACUCCGAGACCUGAUUCAAUCCUUUCUCAGUUCAGUUGAGCUCAGCCAUGAGCCUGGCGUGCCAGUCGGGAGUGCAACUGCCGCCUUUGACUCUUUGGCAAACAACACAAAGCCAGCCAGCGGGCAGGGGGGCGGAGUCUCGUGAUGCACUCAUAGCGAAUGAACGAUAUGUAUAAGUCAGUGAACGAAACGAACAACCUGUAUCAGUCAGUGAAUGGAAUGAUUCAGUCAGUCAGUGAAUGACAUGGUGAACGAAACGAAUGACUUCUGAACAACUUGAUGCAGGCAGAGGAGGGAGGGGUGUAGCGUCGUUCACGACCUGCUGAGCAGCGGUUGGUUGACUGAGGCUAAGAUAAAACAGGUCAUUAUAGUGCCUUUACAUUAAUACCCUUGUAUAAACUUUCCUGUAAGAAGGAUUCAAUUUCAGCCGAUUUAAAGAAAUACAAUAUUUGACAUCUUUAAAAGUAUCUGAAUCCCCGCUACAGCUGACAUGUUUAUUUAUUUUUAAUCUCUCCACUUUUCCGACAUAUAAAGGAACGACGACUCGCGCUCGUUUAGCGGCGUGCUGCUUGCUGCUGUGUUGUUUCCGCCGACAGCAACACACAGAGAGGUGAGUUUUUCAGGGCAGGGGAGUGAUUCUUCCUUCAGGACUUGGCGAAUGAACGACAUGUGUCACCCAGUCAACAAUGCUGUGACUUCAGCAGCAGGGGAGGAGAGGGGCUCAGUCAAUGAACGAACUCGCCGCUGUGUCACUCACUAGUGUACUGCAGUGGCAGGACGGGGCUCCGAAGCACUGACUGAUUUAGUGAACAAAUCUUUUGAACAAAUCGUUUUAAUGAACAGAUUCUAAAGAUUCAGUACAGUCAAAAGAACUGAUCUCCCCAUCACUACCCUGAAGAUGGUUCUGUAGGAGACAUGUGGCGCAAAAUAGACUGGGCCUGAACCAGAACACUGACAAGUGCGUUGGGUGGAAAAUAACAAUGGCCAAAAAUACUUAACGACAGGUCACAGGUGUAUGAUAGGGUCCCCAGUCUUAUAUCCUGCUACCACUUGUAUCUUAGAUUUUAUGGUACUUUAUUUACUUUAUUUUAGGUUUUUCUGAUGCUGCCAUGGGACAAAUCCAACAGGUCCCCUCCCUUCUGUUAAAUCCCCUCCUCUCUUUUGGUACCUCACAGGUCUGAUCUCCCACAAUCCGUCGCCCUGGCCCGCUCUAAGAAUCCUGGCAGCAUGAAGCACCUGGUCUUAGCUCACCUAAGGAAGCUGCUGACGCUGAGCCCAGCCCAGCACAGAGGCCUCCACCUGCCGGUCUGAAACUUCACCCAGUUACAUGAUAAUGGUUCUAAUGACAGGGAGAGCUGGACUGACCAGCAGAGGGCGCCAGAUGGAUGCAGGUGGAAACUGAUCCUGAAACAGUUUUUAUUUCCAGAGUGAGUAAAAAAUGAGUUAGAGGACUGAAGGUGGAGCCAACACCUGAGCACAUGGAGCCCAUCCCCCAAUACCAGGACUAGCUGAUGCUCUGAGGUGAAAAAUAAGAUUACUAAGUAUUACACAGUUCUACUACAACUUCAAGUUUAAGUCUAGGACAAUUAUUUUAGGAUAAUCAGCAGAAUAAGUUUGUAGUGAAAAUAAUAUAAAUGGUUCAGUUACAAGGUGUUAGUGCGUGGGUUACAUUUGAAAAGCGAGCAGAAUUUAUGGCUAUGUAGUAAAUAUAUUAGUUUUUCUGUCACCUGCAGUUUGGUGUAAUAAGUGGUAAAGCUGUCAAACAGAAGUAGAGAGGUGAAAAAGAGAAUUUGUUACUCUGAGUUCAGGCACAACCUCAGAGUUGUAUUUCAGGGUGAAGUGAGUUGAGUAGGCGGAUUGUAUGUUAGUUUGCUCCCUGCUGAUGCUUUCAAAGUGUCUGAAUGGAUUAAAAUCCUGCAGCAGAGCGAGCGUGUGGAUUAAAGUAUGAGAGCCGUUAAUACUGAACAUUAAUGAACUUUGAGUCGUAAUCAAGUUAUACAAUGUUCUGACGUCACCAUACUUUUAUUGUUAUGUGUGUUGUUUUUUUUAUGUAUACAGCUUUGUAAAUUGACUGAAUGAUUGAGAGGGUUUUAAACUUUUAUCUAUUUUAAAAUACAUUUGACUUAUACUCAGUCAACGCUGUGUAACAAUAAUCCACUCUAAAGUCAUGUUUUAUCUAAGAUGGUUUAUUAAUUUUGUGAUUGAAGAUCAACAUACACAAAAGGAUUUUUUUUAACUUGGAGGUUAAAAUUUUCUCAGAAUUAAGAGAUAAAAUCUGAGUUUAGAGUCACACCUGAGCUGUCAAUUUUUAUUCUUGGGAUUCUGAGAUUGAAGUCAGAAUUCUUGAAUAACGUUUUUUUAGAUUAAAGUUUAUAUUCUGAGAUCAUUGAGAGAAUUCUGAGAUGAAAGUCAGUAAGGCAAGAUUUAGGAUUUAAGUCAGAAUUCUGAAAUAAAAAACAGAAUACUGAGAAUAAAAUUAGAAAAUUAGAAAUUUUAGACUAAAGCUGAAAUCUUUGAGAAAACUAGAAUUUUAAAUCAGAACUCUGGUAAUCAAAUUUUGAAUCCUAAGAUCAAAUUUCGGUUUAUUGGAUCAAAGUCUGAAUUCUGAGACAAAAAAAAAAAUUGGAAUUAUGAGAUUAAACUAAGAGUCAUUGGAUCAAGAAGAUCUGAGAUCAAAAUCGGAGUUAUGAAGUUACAGCUGGAUUCUGUGAUUAAAGGAGGAAUUAUGAGUUAGAAGUCUGAAUUCUGACAUAAAAGUCAGUUUUCCAAAUUUAGAGUUUGGAAUUAUGAGAUUAAAAUCAGACGACUGGAAAUAAAAUGGAAAUAUGAACUCAAGAAAGAAUUCUGAGAUUAAUUCUGAAAUCAGGUCAUGGCUGGAAUUAAAAGUUAAAAGUCAGAUUUCUGAGAUUUGUGUCAGGACUUUAAGAUUUUAGUUGAAGUUUGAGAUAAAUUGGAAUUUUUACUUUAUUUUCAGAUGAGGGUCAGUACUGAGGUUUCGUCUGGAUGUUUUUAUGAUGAAUUUAGGGGAGGAACACAGAUAAUAAAAGAAAAAUAGUUGGUUUUUUUGUGCUGUAUUGGCUCAGUAUUGCUGAAUAGACUAAGAGCUGCCUGAAACUAGAAACCCUCUGAUCCCUUUUCUACAAUCUGAACCAGCUUAUUCAGCAACAGCUGAGCAUCCAGUCACGCAGAUUCUGUGUGAGAAGUUUUAUUGUAGAGGAAAUAUGUUAAAGCAAGUUCAUGUAAUGGUGAUAACUACAGCAAAAAUGUUUGGUAUUAAAACUGUGACAGCAGGAUUAAGAAAGGGCUGAGGCGAUAAAAAAAGAGCCAAUUUCUGCUUAAAACAUCAAUGUCAUGAAUAAAAUUUAUAACAUCUGAUUUAUCACAGAGCAGGUUCUGUCAUUCAAGAAAUUUUUAGUAUCUCUUUAAAACCAAGGUUGAAUUAAAUUAAAUUAAAUUGAAUUGAUUGAUCUAAAUGGAUCAAAUCUCAAGUUUGGAUUUGAGUGGAUGACUGUUUCUUAAAGAAAAGAACAACCAUGUUUACUGUAAAUAACGUUGCUCUUUAAAUCACAGACUCUUAUCACACACAACGUUCUUUGUUUGCACCAUAUGUGAAAUGUCCAUGUUCUUUUUACAGUGUGACAAUGUAAAAGCUCGUUUGAAGAAGGUUUUGUGCUAUAGGUGACAACUUUUUACAGUGUGACUAUAAAUAUAUAACAUCAUAUAUGUAUUUCUGCUUUUUAUGCAUUCUGACUCAAGCUGAAGCAACAUUAAAAAUUCCAAAUGAAUACA